UCCAAACGUACAAAUGGACGCUCUGUGUGAUCUGUGUGGCUAGUUGGUUGAUUUUGCAAUAUUUGCAGCCUGACUUGGUCAUCAGAAGCAUCCUCAGCGGCACAGCUGAAGAAACUGGGCACUAAAGGAGACCAAAGACCAAUGGAUGGCGGCUUGAAGACAAGCUUUUAAUAUACGGAGAAAAAGCUUGCACCUCAUCAGCCAUCACCUCUGUUUGAUAAAAAGCCCUCCAAAAAGCAGCCUGCCGCCCUGCAGGGCAAAGCUCAGCCACUCCAAGACAUGUUUGACAGAAGUGGCAGGUCCAGGCUGGGUUGCCUUCAUGCAGGAUCCUGUCAGAACCUCAGCUGGAGUCUGGCAAAGACAUGGCCCGGUGUCGCUCCCAGCGUGGGGAGGAGGAUGGUUACGGUUGCAGUAGCAGCAGCAGCAGCACAUAAAACACAAAGGAAUACUUUGCUGCUGCAACACUCUGUGGCGCUGACAUCUUCUUUAUAGUGGAGAUGAAGAGUGACGCGUUGAAGCUCGUGGGCUCUUUUACUUCUACAACUUCAAUAAAGAGCUUGGGGCAGAGUAUGCUGCUGCCCCACACUGCAGAGAAAGGACAAAGAGAAUCGGCAGAAACAACACGUUUAACAGACAUACACUUAAUCAGAGUUCCGGUAGACCCAGGUCAUCACACUGGGUUGUUUUUCUUCACAUCUGGAACAGUCCAUAUCCUGGCGGGGGUUUCGAGGAAGACCAAUUGGAGUCCAAAAACAAAAGAGCGAAGCCCCCACGGAGCUCACCUGUGGAGACGUGACCUCAUAGACUGGACCUGCCAAGCACACACAGAGCGUCAUUCGCGAUUAUAGACGUCCCCCCCCACUCCCCCCACCGCAGGCCCCAGUUGUUUUAUGGCCGCAAGGCCUAGUGGUUCGCAUGUUGGCCACACAGUCAGGAGAUCUGGAAGAUCUGGGUUUUUAUCUCCGUUUGGGCAUCUCUCUGUGGAGUUUGCAUGUUCUCCCUGUGCGUGUCAGGGAGAAGUCGGCUGUGAUAGGCUCCAGCGUACCCCCACGACCCCAAUGAUGAUGAGCCAAGUAAAUGCCACACUUCUGUCAUGUGUCGUCAAAAGAUGCCACACUUCUGUCAUGUGUCAUCAAAGGUAAUCGUCUCUGUUCUUCAAAAAAUGCUACACUUCCAUCAAGUAUCAUCAAAUGUCGUUUGUGGCCAUCUGCUGACUUGAAGAUGAAGGGUUGCGGCUGCCUGACGCUUGGAGAACAGCUGCCGCCACGUCGUCACGCGUACAACUUCUCAACAUCUCAAGGAGAGAAAUGUGGGAUAGGCCCGGCAUUCCAGCUGGAAUCCAUCACCUGCAGCCACACGCGUGCUGUUGUUGCAACACCUGAGGGACUGAGAGCUUCGCUGUGUGCAAGUCUCAACCUGGAGAGUUCCAUAUACAUUGUCCACUGCAGAUUUGGCGUAAAAAAGGAAGACAGACACACGCUGGCGCCUCACAUAACUCAACUCAGCGCUGUACUGACUUCAGAAGCCAUGGCGCAGACAGCCGAGGCCGUGUCUGCGACUCUGUCCACCAACAGGAACUGCACCAUCGAGAUAACCAAUGUCAGCGGCAGCUACUGCCUCAUCAACCCCAAGGUGUACAUGUCGAGCGGCAUCUGCCACCACCCGCCACAGCCCACCAUCCGCAGCACCCGCACCGAGGUGUGCUCCUUCAACAAGGACGACCACACGGCCACCGGCGCCGUGGGCCUGCUGACCUACGACCUCUUCCACAUGCAGAGCCGCGUGUGCUCGCAGCGCAUGGCCGUCAUGUUCUCGGUGCCCUACGACCACAAUCUGUACAAGAACCGGCUGGCGGUGGGCGUGAUGGAGCAGUCGCACGCCUGCGACAAGAAGCUCUACGAGCAGAUGUACGACGGCAAGAACCCCGACCACUUCAGCCGGGCCGACGCCAGCGGCAGCGGGCUGGAGUACAGCGGCAAGUACGUGGACGUGAGGGCCACCAUGUCCACCGUGGGCAAGGCUAUCGUUAAAGUGGAGCUUUACGAUCAAAUGAGUCGUUAAAAUCGGACUUGAUUUGCUUUGUUGCCCUUUCACAAUAAAAUGUGUCCCCGAGAACUUGAACACGAUUCUUUCAGGAUGUUCAGAUUGUUAAGAAUAUUUUUUGUUACACAACACGUUUCUUUGUUUUCAGUGACAUGUUAGCAUUGCUAAUUGUCAUUUAAGUUUAAAAACAAUUUUAGCAAAGUUACUGUUUUUCAUCGUCAAUCUUCACAACAAUAAAA